GACGUCGUCACUCCUUUCUCCAACAUCAUCAUCAUCAUCCUCAGCUCCAGCUUCAGCUUCAUCGUCCCCGAGUCUAACUCCUCGAGCCUCUCAUCUUGAUCAGCUUCGUCCUUAGCUCGUUCCAAUCUACAUUAUCCAUCUCUAACUCAACCAUCCACCCCAACCACCCAAUCAAUCAAUCAAUCAAUCAAUCACAAUGGCCAUCCUCGCAAAGGUUUCUUCCCUGGCUUGCUGCCUCAUCGCCUGCCUGUUCUUCUCCUCGAUCAUCCAGGCCCUCCCCGUCCCCGGCUCCAACCCACCAUCCGGCGUCUCCUCCAUCGGAUUAGCAGCCCGCUCACCGCGCGAAAUCCCCAACAGCGACGAAGAACAAGGUCUCCUGAACGGCCUGCUCGAAGCCAUCGGCCUCCCCAGCCUCUCCAAGCUCACCCACUGGAAAGACACCGCCGAGCCUCAAAGCUCCCAUCCCAACGACGCAGAGGACACCGAUGAUUCAGAUGCCGACUCCCGCGACGCAAACCCCCCGGCCGAGUCCGACACCGACGCCGAGGAUGCCGACGCCGACGCCGACCCCCACGCGCACGCCCACUCCUUCAUCCCGGAUUACUACAAGAACUUCAAGGACCACUGGACCCCGGCCAUCGACGACGGCAACAGCCUCACGCCGACGGUAGACUCGGUCGGCGACGACAUCGACAACGACGACGACCUGGACAACGUCAACAACGGCCUGCUCGCCCCGCCGGCGUCCACCCCCUCCCACAGCAAGACCGACGACCUCCCCAAGCCCACCGAGGACCCCAAGGGGUUCAUCAGCUCGCUCACGCAGCGGCUUUCGGACGCGCUGAAGGCGGCGUUCGACAGUCGAGAUGAGUUGACUCUCUGAUAAACGGGUCGGGCAUCAGAUCGCU